CCCUGACCUUCCCGCCCAGCCAGAAGCUGUGCUCUGGGUGAGGCGCGGCUGCGCGAAGUGCGCCGUCGCCAUGGUAACUGCGGAAGCCUGGGCCCUGGAAGAGGUAGUUUUAGAGUUCAUGGAGCCAGAAGAAACUCCAGAAUCAGAGUAUUCAGAGAAGUCACUAUCUUCCUCACAGCAAGAGUCUGAAGAAUCCCAAGAAGAUGAUGAAACAGAGAGAGUGAACCCCCUCUUGAAGCCUACUCUCACAGGGGAUGUAGAAACUCUGCAGGAAAUUUUCGAAGAUCCUGAACAUCCUCACCAUGAGAAUGCUCUGCAGUUGCUUUUGGAAGAAGACGUUGUUGGAAGAAACCUGCUGUAUGCAGCUUGCAUGGCUGGCAAAAGUGAUGUAAUCAGGGCCUUGGCAAAGUAUGGCGUGAAUCUGAAUGAAAAAUCUGCCAGAGGGUACACGCUCUUACACUGUGCGGCAGCCUGGGGCCGUCUGGAAACUUUGAAGGCCCUGUUGGAACUGGAUGUUGAUAUAGAGGCUUUGAACUUCCUGGGAGAGAAAGCUCGAGACGUUGCUGCUCGCUAUUCCCAGACUGAGUGUGUAGAGUUUUUGGACUGGGCAGAUGCAAAGUCGCUUCUGAAAAAAUGCAUUACCAAGGCCUCUCUCCUUGUUACUGACCCAGAAAAGGGACCAGGGAAACUUCUCAAGGAAGACAAGAACACCAUCCUCAAUGCAUGCCGUACGAGAAACGAGUGGUUGGAAACCCAUCCAGAAGCUUCCAUCAGUCAGAUUUUAGAGCAGAAACAGCAACUGGAAGACCUUAUGGUCCCCAUCAUCACGAGAAUGUCUACACCACGUCUAGUGAAAAGCGCCAAAUCGAUAAACUAAGCUGUGGUUAGCAGAGAAAUCAAGACUGCACCUUCUGCAGAUACCACAUGGUGAAGAAGCCUUCGUUAUAUUCCAAUGUUGAAUACGACCAACCUGUUCCUGCCAAACUCAAGGAAUAGACACAGGGUUUUGCAAAAAUGCUUGGGUGCAAAUUUAGUCACGCAGGCUUUGUGUUAGGCUGUUCAGAAAACUCUCACCUGGAUCAGGGGCGGGACCUCUGCUUCUCCAAGCACAUCUCUUCCUGAGUUCCCAUGCUCCCUCAGAAGAGCUGAGCGAGGCUUUAAAAACCACACAGAGAAGCUAAUAAAUUCAUGUGUAACUGAGGCUAGAAAUUUCCACUUGAGUAGGGUAUUCCAUUUUAAAAAGAUGCACUAGGCCGUUUCUAAAAGAGAAGCGCUUACUCCCUCUCAAGAAGCAAACUCUAGAAAAUGUUUGGGACAGGGUCCUCUGGUUGUAGCUGUUACUUUUUGUGUCUGAAUUAAAAUUCACAGAUCUGCCUCGUUUCCAUCUCCAGGGGUUUGGUACUAUAGAUACUGUAACUGGCGCUGUGCCACUUUCUACCAUUCUCUUUAGAUUCCCUACAUUUUAAAGGUCAUGGUUACCAAAAGGGUCUUCCGAAAGUCUUUUUUUCUAGUCAAGUUAAGCAGGACCCUGAACUUCCUAUUAUCUUGUGACUUUCUGGGAAAGUUUUUGUAGAAAAUAAAAUGUAGAAAAUAAAAGAAGAGAGAGAGAGAAUAUUUAUUCCUUGUUUUUAUCACUUCCUCCUGUCUUGCUGUGCAAACUAUUUUUCAUUCUUUAGGAGAAACAGAACAAGGGAGCCAUUCAGUAAAACUUGUUAGGCAACUUCCACUUGGUCACAGUAUUGAGGUCAUCUUGUUUUAAAUGUUUCCCCCAGUUUUUUCACUUUUGAGAUCUUUUCACUCUGUGAGCAAUUCCCAUUUGGCUUCCUUCAGCACCGCUGAUGCUAGCCCACCUCCUCGACACCCUUACACUGCUAGAAGAAGAUCUAUGUUUGACCCUUUUAAUACAGUAUAUUUCAAGAUACUCAGUGCACAUCACUGAGAUCAUUAGGAAGAGGGAAGAUGCCAUUUUUUUUUUUUUGUUGUUGUUGUUAUUUUUAUCCUAAGUCACAGUUUCUGAGCUUUGGUCAUGAAUAUAACAGUGCUUUCCAGGUCUGUGCUCCUGGAAGUGGGAAGGAAGUCCGAAAACUCACUUCUAUUUCUAGGUAAGACAGAAGCAUUUUUAACGACCUGCUAGAAUAACUUCUCUCUCUUUCCUUUGUCUCUCAGUCUUUGUCCUCUGACAUUUUAUAGCCUUUGAUACAGUUGCUAACACAGUAUUUGUAUAGUCCCUUGCCUUGGCACCUUUAGGCCAACAUCCCAACUUUCUUAUGAUCUACUUUUCUAACUCCCCACUAGCUUCUCCUUUUAACCUUGUUGUCAGAACCUCAGAAUUCACUUCUGAUUCUUGGUGGGACAGUUGUUCUUCUUCACCCCAUGGCCAUCUUUGUCUCCAAUAUUACAAAGAUCUAACCUUUUCUUCUUUGGGACGUUAAUAGUGCCAGAAGCCUCAUUCUGGGUUCUGUGUAAUUUCACUCUUGUGUCUCCAUAUGAGUGAAUAAUGACCUUUAUGAAAGACAGACCUUUUCCUCUUACCUAAAGAGCUUGUAAAAUAGUAAGUCAGCAAGUAAAAGUUGACUCACUCAGUACUACCUUACUCACAGUACUUAGCAUUGCCUAGUACUCCCUAGUAUUCAUAGAAUUCAGUACCUCUUCAUUCAUUUAUGAAGCUUGAUUAUCAUUAUAGAAAUGAUGUCAACCUUAUCUUAUGCCUUUCUUAUGUCAGUGUACCACUGUAAUACCUACUCUUCUAACAGAUGAGCCACAUGCACGGCAAACAUAAUGGCUCUGUGUCUGUCCUCUCUCAACUUUGUGUUCUUUAAACUUUCAUCCUGAAUGUCAUGGAUCUUGUGAUUUCUGAGAGAUUUUUGGAUCUUAUUUGAGAGAUUCCUUUGAUGAGGGGAUCUGAACACUUUUUAAAUGUCUGUAUAUCUAUAACUUCUGUUUUGCAAGUGAUGAUAUUAUUACCUAUUGUUGCACUGACUUAGAGAUUAAGAGGAGAUUUAGCUGCUCUUAUGCUGUGAGUUUACUGUUAUUUCAUUAGCUGCAUGGUGUUUUCUGAACUUGAUAGACUAGUUCCCUUUUAAAAGCACAUGCUAACAAUUCAGGAAUGCCGCCCCAGUAUUUGAAAGGUAGUCAAAGGCUGAUUUAAUGUUAUGAUCAGUUCUAGAUGGUAGUUCUUUAGAUUUUGUGUUUCACUAGUCAUAAAAAUGUAAAGAUAUAAAAAAGUAAAGAUAUAAAAUGAUAUUAUUGUAGCAUAUUAAAAUAAUAACUGCUGCUUGUUAUCACUGUCAUGUAAAAAAGACAUUUUAACACAGAAAAAAGUAGGAACUAUCUGAUGACAAGGUGAACUGAAUAAGUUAAGCUUCAUUAUAGGAUUUUAUGUUAGACAUACUUCUCUCAUUUUGCCACUAUGAUAUAGCUUUUAUCAUACACCAAAACUGACCUAGUGUCUAACCUUAGACAGCUACUGCUCUAGAACAAUGUAGGCAGACUGACAUUUACUUUAACAUUAAACCCCAUAUUGUAAAAGGCUGACAGUUACCCCAGUGUUCUUCUAAUCUGCAGUAGAUUACAUUGUCCAGGCCAGCCUGACCUCCCGUUUCACACACUCCUCUUACUGUGUGGCCCUGUCAUUUCUAAUGUAGAACUAUGAGUCUCUGAUCUCUCUUGAAUCCAGGGAGCCCAUGACUAUAGUUGAAAGUGAUUCUGUGUCAUUUCUGAGGCUAGGUUUUGAGAGGUGAUGUGGCUUCUGCCUCAGUCUCUUAAGACACUGGUCUGUGGGGAGGCCAGCAAGGACAGGACCCGUGGCCGGAGCCUGCAGCUCUGACUGCACUCCAUCCAUCUAGACAUCACAUCCUGCCCAGACUGUGAGUGAGUCAUCUUGGAAAUGGGUUCUCCAAUCAAGCCACUAUUUGAUGCUACAUGGAGUGGGGGUAAACUUCUUCUGCUGAGUCCUACUAGAAUCCUGGACUUCUGAUAUAAAUAAAUGUUUUUGUUUU